AUGCUGACCAAUUGGAUCCAGUGCGAUAGCCUGCCUCUCAUCCUGAUAGGGGCUGUGAUCACCUUAUCCUGCAUUGUCGCUUGGACCUUUCGGGCCACUCCUUUGCGCCAUAUUCCUGGGCCAUGGCUCAACAAAUACUUCGGGGUUGGAAUUGCCCUGGCUGAGAUACGCGGGCACCGCAGCCAGCAGGUCGUUGCAUGGCACCAGCAAUACGGUCCGAUCGUCUGCGUUGCGCCGACUCAGGUCUCUAUUGCCACAUUGCCAACUAUUCGCGACAUCUAUAGUUCGACGGGUCGCGCUGACAAGAGUACCUUCUUCAACCACUUCAUCUCAUUCAAUAGCCGGUCGGUCUUCACGACUCUCUCCUUUCUGGAUCACAAACGAAAGCGAGCCGUUCUCUCCUCAUUCUACCAGGGCUCGACCAUAUAUGGGCAACCUGCCAUUGAGGCCUUUAUUCGUAACCAUGCGUUUUCCAUCUUAAGUCAUAUUGAAGGGAGAUACCCGGGAAAGGGACCUGUCGACUUCUACCCACUUGCCGACUGGUACGCGUUUGACAAUAUCACCGCUCUGGCCUUUGGCCCUCUUUAUGCGUCUGCGACUACAAAGAGGUCAUGUGAAGAGCGUGGGUUGCUGCGAGACCUUAAACAGGCCCAAGCAUGGUCUCCACUCCGCCAACGUUUUCCAUGGCUGAUCCCAAUUGUGAAGAUUGCUGCUCGGAUCUCUAACUGGGAUACGAGCCCACUCGAAGCGGAACGGCACUUGGCGGAAUGGACAUAUGACCGGGUACUGCGCACGCUUGAUGGCCCCAAUGCUGGCGGGUUUGAAAGUCUAGUCUGCUAUUUAGCGAGAAAGCUAGGGCUCAAUCUCGGAUCAGAUGCUCCCCAGCGGUCCUACGACACCCAUGUUCACAGCCUUGUACGCUAUAUUUCGGCAGAAGUGCUGGACAACAUCAACGCAGCGGAGGCCUCGGUUGCCGCAACCAUCACGUAUGUGAUUUGGUACGUGAGUAUCCAUCCUGAAUGGCAGCAGAGACUCAGAAGGGAGCUUCAGGCCCUGCCUGUGAGAUCGGAUGGCCUGCCAAGCUUUAACGACAUCGAUCGUGCUCCCGUCCUCGAUGCAUGCCUUAAGGAGGUGUAUCGCUUGAAGCCGGCCAGCGGCGGGCGUGCCGAACGCGUUAUCCCUGCUGGGGGGCGCGUCGUAUCAAACGUCUAUGUUCCUGAAAAGACCGUGGUAGCUGCCUCGAUUAUCGCGGUUCACACUGACCCUACUAUGUUUUCCGAUGAGUCCAGGUUCUGUCCCUCACGCUGGCUGGAAGCGGACGAGGCCAGGCUGGCCCGGCUCAAUGCUUCUGUUAUACCGUUUGGAUAUGGAGCGCGGGUGUGUCCGGGCAAGGUGAUGGCGAACAUGGAGAUCAAACUAUUGCUGGCAGCGAUGUUCUUGCGCUACGAGAUUGUGCCUGCCGGCGUACACACGGGCGUAUCGAUGAGGCAGGCUGCUGCACGGGAUGGGGUUCGUAGCGGCCUCAAGGGAGAAUUUUAUUGCCGACCUUUGCCUGAAUUUAAAUGA